CAUAUUAACAUUAUCAUUCAAUUAAUCAUUUUGGAUCAGAAACUAGUGAGAUGAGAGGUAGAGAGAGAGAGAGAGCUCUGGGACGGAGAACACAAGGAAGAUGGACAGCACAGCCAAAUGAGAGGUUCAGAUUUCACAAUGGGGGACGAAACCAACAAGAGGUGGGAGGUUAUGACAAGAGGGUCUACAAUCAGGCAACUCCCUUUUUCUUCACAAACUUUCCAGAGGAAUGGUCAUUUGAGCAGAUGUGGCUCACUUUCAACAGAAUAGGCCAAGGUAGGGUGCUGGAGAUCGACUGUCCGGCGAAGAGAGAUAGGAUGGGAAGACGUUUUGGUUUUGUUCGGUUUCUAGAUGUGAGGAAUGAAGGUGAACUAGAAAGAAGAUUAAAUGAAGUAAGAGUAGGAAACCAAGUCCUACAAGCAAACAAACCAAGAUACACGAAGUGGGAUCGUCAGAAUAAUCUGUUCCCUAGAACCCAUUUUGAGGAUGGUAACUGGAGACAACAAAGCAUCAAUGGUAAUGAUAGAAAACCAUCAUAUGCUGAGGUAGUAAAAACAGCCACCAGUAGGAUGGAGGAAAGACCCAUAAAUGAAAGAAGGAAAGUAGGAUUAGCUCAGAGAUAUGGAAGCAACAAUGGCAGCGUCUACGGAAACCAGCAAAAGGAAUGGAAGCCAAAACACCAGCACCAUCAUUGGUCAGGUAUGGAGUUGAACUUCGAUCUAGAAGAAUAUGGUUGGCUGGAAAAAUGUUAUGUAGGCACAGUGCAUUCAGUGAACCUAAUACCCAAUUUGCAAGAGAAAUUCUUCAUGGAAGGGGUAUUCUUCUGCAAUAUUAGACCAAUGGGAGGCAGAUUAGUGUUAUUAGAAGGCAAGGAUCAUGAAGAUCUGAAGGAGCUGGUAGAUACUGGAAAAGACUGGAUGGGAAACUGGUUCGAAGACGUGAAGCCGUGGUCACCUACUUUGGUAGCAACGGAGAGGUUCGCUUGGAUCCGAUGCCAGGGACUCCCACCGCAUGCUUGGAAAUUGGCAACCUUUCAAACUUUUGGAAGUCUAUGGGGAACCUUAAUAUCUCUGGAUGAUAGUACCAUCAAUAAGAAAAGGUUUGAUGCAGUAAGGUUCUUAAUCACCACACCAUCCACAGAAUCUAUAUCCAGGUCAAUCACAGUGAAGAUCAAUGGUGAAUUCUUCACUCUCAAAUUCACAGAAGAGGAGUCUACAAAUAACCUCUUCACUAUGAGGUCUGAUAGAAAAUUUCAAGCACCUAGAGAAGAGGAAGAUGAAGAAAACAGCCCCUUAGACAGUCAGUAUGACGAUGACUCGGACCUGGAGAAGAACAUAUGGAAUCAAUUUGAGCCUCAGAUAAUGGGGGUUGAAGGCGAAGGGGCUCAGGAUUCCAUGGAAGAAGAUGCAGCAACACCUUUCACGGGGGAAGGUAACGAGUUUGAGGUGGCGUGCCAUAAUGCUGAGGUGGCGAGCCAUAACGCUGAGGUGGAGAGACACAGUGCUGAGGUGGAGAGGCAUAGUCUUGAGAUGGACAGUCACGGGGCCGAAGGAAACAAAAGGAAGAAGCUCGAGACAGUUGACGUAGCCAGUACAGAUGCCGAGGUAGUUGAGGAAACAGAAGGGAUGGAGGAAAUCAGGACGGGGAUCCUAGUUUCAAAUUCAAAUUUUCAAAGAGUGGUAGAAUCAAGAAAGAUUGAGGAAGAUCCAGAUCUCGUGCAGAAUAAAGCUGAGCAACAGAUGUUCGAAAAUGGCAGUCAAUUGAGCACCAACGCAGACAUGGGCAGUCAUGGCAAGUCUCAUCAAAAUAGUAUAAACAAAGCAAAAGAAGACAACAGGAGCUGCAAAAGGCCAACAAAUUCAGAUCCAGAGGAGCAGAUUGAGAAGCCCAACAACAGACCCAUAGCAAAAAACAAGAAGCCAUCGUCUUCAUUUUGGGACGACCUGGAAAGUGAUUCAGGCACCGAUGCGAACUGGAUGAGCAGGGUAGAUGGGUGCGGGAAAAGAAAAAAGAAGAGAAGAGCAAAAUCUUGUGCAUCGGUAUACAGAAAAUCUGGGGGUUUGGAAGGCUUCCUGGUUCAGCAAAAAUUGAAAGGACAGAGAAGAGCAGUUGCCAAGACAAAGAAGAAGGUUACGUUCGAGAAAGAUGCAGAGAAGUCGGUUGCAGAUGUUUCGAUCAACGACAGUAACAUCCAGAACUGCAACAAAAACAUAGAGCUGAGCAGUAGAAAACGGAACAUGGAAGCUUUGUGGUCUCGGGUGAAAGAAUUUGGGGUGACUGCUCAAGGGGGGAUUGGUAAAAAAAGGGAGAUUCGGGAAUUGGUUACCAAACAGAAAGUAGAUGUUUUGUUUAUUCAAGAAACUAAAAUGGAGAAAGUAGACAAAUGUUUAUGUAGAAUGGUUUGGGAUGCUGAUAAUUUUGAUUGGGUUGCUCAACCUGCUAUUGGCGCAUCUGGAGGAAUUUUAAUUAUUUGGAAUUCUAAUGUGUUUAAGAAGAUUGGUUGCCUAGAAGGAGUAGGAUUCCUGGGAGUUGUGGGGAUGUGGGGAAAUGAAAAUAUCCCCUGUUAUUUGGUAAAUGUAUAUUCUCCAUGUGAUUUGGCGAGCAAGAGAAUUUUAUGGGAGAAUUUGUCAAAUAAAAUCUGCUCCAAUAAAGGGAACUGGUGCAUAGCUGGAGAUUUUAAUGCCAUUAGAAAUCUGCAAGAAAGGAAAGGAGGUAUAAGUGUAAGGAGGGAGUUGAAGGAAUUUAACGAGUUUAUUGAGUUGAGUGGGCUGGUAGACCUCCCUAUGAUAGGGAGAAAAUUCACUUGGUACCAGCCGAAUGGUAAUUGCAUGAGCCGCUUGGAUAGAUUCUUAUUUUCUGAGGAAUGGUUGCUCAACUGGACAGAUUUGAAGCAAUGGGGGUUAGUGAGGUCACUGUCAGACCAUUGCCCAAUUCUGGUGAAGGAUGAAACACGCAAUUGGGGCCCAAAACCUUUCAAAUUUUACAAUGUGUGGCUGCAAGAUCCAGCAUUUAAAGAAAUGUUAGAGAAACAAUGGAAAAGCUUUAACAUCCAAGGGUGGGGAGGCUUUGUGCUCAAAGAAAAAUUUAAGCUAUUGAAAAAUAGUUUGAAGGACUGGACCCGGAAUCAUGCACAGGGGAUUGACAAACAAAUUGAGGAAGCAAAAGAGAAGAUAGCCAAACUCGAUUGUAAAGGGGAAAUCCAGCAGCUCAGUGAGGAGGAAGACACUCUCAAAAGGGAUCUAAUGAUAUCGCUAUGGGAAAAUAUUCAAACAAAAGAAGAAAUGGCAAGACAAAAAUCAAGAAUGACGUGGAUGAAGGAAGGAGAUGCUAAUACAAGCUUCUUCCAUCGGAAUUUAUUUGCAAAGGAAGAUUGGAUAAGGCCAGUCUUGGAGGGCAUGGGAUUUAACAAAAUUUCUGAAGCAGAUAAGAAGAUUUUAACUGAACCGUUUCUUGAAUCAGAGGUGAAAGCAGUGGUGUGGAACUGUGACAGUGCAAAAGCCCCGGGUCCAGAUGGUCUGAGUUUCGGUUUCUUGAAAGCAGAAUGGGUAGUGGUUAAAGAUGAUAUUCUGAAGUUUUUAGCGGACUUUCAUAAUAACAGCAAGCUGGUAAGGGGCUCCAAUUCAUCUUUCCUGGUUUUGAUACCCAAAAAGGAGAACCCGCAAGGUCUAGAAGAGUACAGGCCUAUCUCUCUAAUAGGUUGCAUGUACAAAAUCCUUGCAAAAAUCCUGGCCAACAGAUUGAGUAAAGUGUUGAAUGGUCUCAUAGGUGAACAACAAUCAGCAUUCAUUAGAGGGAGACAACUGGUUGAUGGAGUCGUCAUUGCAAAUGAGACGAUAGAUGAAAUCAGGAAGAAAAAAUUGAGCUGUUUCCUAUUCAAGGCUGACUUCGAGAAGGCUUACGACAAUGUCAGCUGGGAAUUCUUAGAUUAUAUGUUGGAUAGGAUGAAUUUUGGUUCGAUAUGGAAGGGAUGGAUGCGAGAAUGCCUGCAAACAAACUCGGUAUCUGUUCUUCUCAAUGGUAGUCCCACAAACGAGUUUACUAUGCGCAGGGGAUUAAGACAAGGAGACCCCUUAGCUCCUUUCUUGUUCCUUAUUGUUGCGGAAGGGCUCAAUGGGAUCAUCACAUCAGCAGUUGAUAAAGCACUUUUCGAAGGGGUCCAAAUUGGAAGAGGGGAUUUGAGAAUUUCCCAUUUGCAGUUUGCGGAUGACACAUUAUUAAUGGGGAAAGCAACAGAGGAAAACAUAUGGACCACAAAAUGUAUUAUGAGGGCCUUCGAAUUAGUCUCCGGGUUAAAAAUAAACUACGGGAAAAGCUCCUUGAUUGGAAUCAAUGUCGAUGAUCGAUGGGAAAAGGAAAUGACAUGUUUACUGAAUUGCAAAUCAGGAUCCUUGCCUUGUAAAUAUCUGGGUAUCCCGUUGGGAGCAGACCCUAGAAGAAUAGCUACAUGGAAGUCACUUAUCGACACCUUCAAAAGAAAACUGGCUUCAUGGAGAGGGCGUUUCCUAUCCCUCGGAGGAAGAAUAACUCUCAUUAAUGCUGUGCUGACCAGCCUACCAGUGUUCAUAAUGUCUUUCUACCUCCUCCCAAAGAGUGUCAUAGGAAAAUGGUGGGGAAGAUUGCUCAUGGAGAAAGGGGGUUUAUGGAGAAGAGUCUUACUUGAAAAAUACGGGUUUAAAGAAGGGAAUUGGCUAUCUUAUCUAAAGGAGGGUAGAUGUCAAGGUUCAAGCUGGUGGAGGGAUGUUUGCAAAAUAGAUGAAGGGGCAGGGGCUAAGAAGAACUGGUUGAGCUCAGGAUUUGAAGUGAAAAUAGGGGAUGGCAGAUACACAAAAUUCUGGUCGGAUGAAUGGGUAGGUGGGAAUGCAUUAUCUAACAAAUUCCCACGCUUGUUUAUGUUAUCCACAGGUGAAAGUCACAAUGUGAAUGACAUGGGUACUUGGAUAAAUGGAAGCUGGCAAUGGAAAUUAUUAUGGAAGCGCCAACUGCGUUCAUGGGAGGUAGAUUUGGAAACAGAACUUCUGGAGUUACUCAGGACAACUCAUCUAAUGCAGGACAAAGAAGACCAAUGGUGGUGGCAACCAGAUACCUCCAGAAACUACACAUCUAAGUCGGCUUACUCCCAUCUUUUAAAGGGCGUCACCAGCAAUAAUGUUGACUUCAAAAGGCUGUGGAAGGCCCCCAUUCCAUCCAAAUGGUGGGGCAAGCAUUAUGUGUUAGGAAACUCAUGUAGGACGGUUAUGGAACAACACAAGUGGAAUGGGGGUCCAAAAUCACUAGAUAAAGGGUGGAACAUCAUUUGGUUUGCAGUAGUAUGGACACUUUGGCUGGGUAGGAACGACAGGAUCUUCAAUGACAAGGAAGCAAAGGCUGAAUAUUUCUUCCAGCUAGUUCAAACUCGAUCUUUUUACUGGGCAAAAAAUAUUGCAAGAUUGGACGGAUUCUCUUUAACAAACUGGUGUGAGAAUCCAGUUAAAUGUUUACAGAUCAAAGCCAAAGAGAAAGACAGAGUAUGAACUGGACUUUUGGAACCUCACGGUUGUGACAUUUUGUAUAGAAGCCGGUGAAAAGUUUUCUUUGUAAUCGGCAAUUUUUGUAAGUAAAGGGUUGGAAUACCCCCUGUAUUCCAUAUUUAAUAAAUUCCUUUGCCUUUC